UUUGCGACAACACGCCGCUCCUUGACGUUGCGACCGGAACGUUCCAGGCAGCAUGUGAGGAGUUUAUUUUGAUUUAUUCAGUCUUAAAUUAGGAAACAAAUUUAACGGUUAACCACAGGCAUCAUGCGCGAGCGGUCCCUGCCCGCCUCCCCUAACUGGUACAGCUCGCGCUGCAGUGACGUCAGCAGCGGCGGUUUGCUGGGAGUCGGAGCCAAAAACGUGAUUUACCUGAUAGAGUUUUCUGCUGCUUCGUGCAGGGUUACAGGUGAGCUCGCGGGCCACAGGGACUUGGUGUCAGGCUUUUCGUUCUGUCCGGACCCGGAGCAGAGCGACGUCUGCGUCAGCGCCUCCACCGAUGGCAGCGUGUGCUUCUGGGACUCCACCAAGAAGACUUUAAUCAAGAAAAAUGCUGCGCAUAAGAACCCCGUCUCAGCAGUGCACUGGUCCCCCGCGGAUAAAAACCUGGUGGUGUCGGGCGAUGAGAAGGGAGUGGUGGUCUGCCACUGGUUCCACACCGGCGACACGGCUAGCUUCUUCCCCGAGCCCAGGACCAUCUUCUGCCUCACCUGCUCCCCUCACAGCUGGAAGUCUGUGGCCGUCGGGUACAAAGACGGGAUGAUCGUGCUGAUUGACAUAAGUAAAAAAGGAGAGGUGAUGCAACGUCUCCGGGGACAUGACAACGAGAUCCACUCGCUGGCGUGGUCUCCUGUGAUCGGGGAGGACGCCCUCUACACCAGAGCUGAAGACCAAGAAGCAACCAACGGAGUUUCAGCGGGAGAAGAAUCUGGCUGCUAUCUGGCUUCUGGGAGCAAAGACCAGACGGUGAGGAUCUGGAGCACUGCCAAGGGAAAAGGAGUCAUGACUCUGAAGUUGCCGUUUCUUAAGAGACGAGGCUCCGCUGUCGACCCCGGGGUAAAAGAGAGGAUCUGGCUCAACGUGCAUUGGCCGAAGGGAAGAGCGACGCAGCUCGUUACCAGCUGCUUCAGCGGUGAGUUGGUGAUGUGGGAUCUGGCCAAGAGCGGGAAGCAGAAGUGGAAUCUGUUCGGAACGUCGUCUGAGGGUCAGAACCACAGCCGGAUCGUCUUCAACAUGAGUUCUGUUCAGCUGCAGGACGGCCAAGAACUGCUCAUCAGCACCUCCAUGGACAGAGAGAUUAAAUGCUGGGACCUGAACUCUCUGAGCUGCUGUUGGACCCUGCCCACCCUGGGGGGCCACGUCUACACCCUGACCUUCUCCCCGGUGGCCGUCGGCUGCCUGGCGCUGGGCGUCGGCGACAACAUGAUCCGAGUGUGGAACACGCUCAGCACCCAGAACCAGUACGACGUCAAAUCCUUUUGGCAGAGCAUCAAGUCCAAAGUUACAGCGCUGUCGUGGCACCCGAAAAAAGAGGGAUCCUUGGCUUUUGGAACCGAUGAUGGAAAAGUUGGGAUCUACGACGUUUUCUCCAGCAAGCCUCCUCACAUAUCGAGUUCGUAUCACAAGAAAACGGUGUACACUUUGGCCUGGGGACCCCCGGUUCCUCCGCUGUCGUUCGGUGCAGAAGGAAAGCAGAGCUACAGUCUGUACAGCUGCGCCGGCGAAGGCGUGGUCCUGCAGCACGACCCGUCGAGGCUGAGCGGAGAGGCGACGGACAUCGACAAGCUCAUCAGAGACACCAAUAACAUCCAGCACAAGUUGUCUCCACACACGGACAUCAGCUGGAAACCGGAUGGGAAGGUGGUCGCCAUCGGCAACGAGGACGGGAGCAUCGACGUGUACCAGGCCCCCAGUCUGACGCUGCUGUGCAGCAUCCAGCAGCACCACAAGAUCAUCAACGCUCUACGCUGGCACCACGAGCACAGCUCUCCGCCUGAAUACCACUGCCUGCUGGCCUCAGGCUCCAGCAACGCCGUCGUCUACGUGCACAACCUUCACUCCGUCAUAGAAAAUCCUCCGGAGAGUCCAGUGAUGCUGACCGAGCCGUAUCGCAGGCUCUCUGGACACACAGCUAAAAUUACCAGCAUGGCCUGGAGUCCGCACCACAGCGGCCGGCUGGUAACCGCCUCGUAUGAUGGCACUGCUCAGGUGUGGGACGUCCUGGAGGAGGCAGCCGUCUCCAACUACCGCGGCCACACCGGCUACCUGCUGUGUGCGGACUGGUCUCCAGUAGAUCCGGAUGUGAUCUGGACCGGAGGGAAAGACUUCACAGUUCAGGAGUGGAAGGUUUCUGAGCAGGAGUUCACCAAGCCUCCUAAAGGGAAGAAGAUGGUCCGGCUGCAGGACAGGAGGGCCAGCUCCAAGCCAAAGAAGAGCAACACGGCGCCAGGGGGCGGGGGAUGGAUGGAGCCGAGCGUGAACGGAGAGGCGGCGACUGAAGUGAACAGGGUGGUCACAGAGCAGGGCCUGCCUGCUGAAGAUGAAGAGGAAGAAGUCAGAUCAACAAACGGUCUAGAAUCUCCAGCAGCAGCUUUUGAAAGGAAACCCCCUUCUGCUGCGAAAAGUAAAGACAAACCUGAUGUGCUGAAGAAGAAGAAGCCUCGUUCCAUGCUGCCCCUCAGUACGUCCAUGGACCACCGGCCCAAAGAGGAGCUGCUGCAGGACUGCGUGACCCUGGCCUCGGUCAGGAACUCCGCUGCGCCACCUGCAGGGUGUGUCCCAGGCCAGGGAGAGUAUAUCCAUCUGGGUCUGUUUCAUGACAGAGAGGCUCUCUACCGCAUGUUUGAGGCUGAAGAGGAGAGCCACGUGGAGGCGGGCCACUAUGACUCCGUUGUGUAUCUGCGGCUGUGGAGCGGAGACCUGCAGGGGGCGCUGCAGCUAGCCACAGAGAGGGGAGAGCUGAACGACCACCUGCUCUCCAUCGCUCCCAUGGCGGGCUUUGAGGCGUGGAGCCGUACGGUGGAGGCCUUCGUCAAGCAGCUGUGUCUGCAGGAGCAGUUCCUGAAGGCGGCGUCCCACCUGCUGUCCAUCAACAAGGUGUACGAGGCCGUUGACCUGCUGAGGUCCAACAAGCUCUACAGGGAGGCCAUCGCUCUGGUGAAAGCCCGGCUGCCUGCAGACGAACCUCUGCUGAAGGAGCUCUACACGUGCUGGGCUGCCGUGCUGGAGAAAGACGGACAUUUAUCUGCUGCGGCUAAAUGUUACCUCGCUGCCGGCUGCAGUUUCGACGCAGCCAAGGUCAUCGGCAGAAAGAACGACGUCCCGUCUCUGAGGACGGCGGCCGACCUGGCGAGGAUCUCCGGAGAGGACGAUCUGGCCCAGAUGCUGGCGCUGAGAUGCGCCAAAGACCUCGCAGCUGCUCAGGACUGGGUGGCAGCGCAGGAGGUCCUGAGCUCUCAGAGCCCCCUACUGGCCCACAGGCUCCAUCUGUGCGUGGCCGAGCUGCUGGCCGCCACGCUGGCAGACUCGGACGUCUUCUCCCCGGCUUCCAGCGUCUCCGGCCACCCGUGGGCGACGCUGAGAAGCUCCGACACCAUCCAGGACCGAGCCAGAGACAUCUGGGAGGAGGAGUUUCACGUUUGCUUGAACUCGGCCGGCGAUCGGAGCGCUAAAGCUCUUCUGCAAAAGCUGAAGCCUGUGGAGACUCCGGCAUGGAGCUCCAGUAUCCCUCUUCGACAGGUCCUGCUGUACUCCUCGGUCCAUCUAACUCGCUCCCUGCUCAGCUGGUUACUGGACGACGAUGAGCAGCUGAUCACGGAGCUGUGGCACGCCGCCGCUUGGCUCAGGGAUGCGGGACACUUCGGCAUCACGGCGCUCUUCUGCCGGCUGCUCUUCCCUGAAGGUGACGUCGGCGUGUUUUCCAGGAAACAUUCCAAAACACUUCAGCGCUCUGAAGCUGAAGCCAGCAGCCUGCAGGCGCUUGUUUGCUACCACCGUCUGUACGAGUGCUGGUGGAGGGACUCUGCGGUUCAGAACGGCUCCUGCAGCGAGGACGAGCUCGCCGACAGAGCGCCGCCUGCGGGAACGCUGGAGUUGGAAGAGAGCGUCCGUCCAACAAGCAGCCGCUCUAAAGAAGUGGACUUUGAGCCCUCGGUUCUUCUGUCGGAGCCUCACGCCGCCUGUCAGGCUGCUCAGAGAUCUGUGAGAGAGAUCCAGGAGCGGCUAGCCGCCAUGGUGCUGCAGCACAGCCAAGUCCAGGAGGGACAGCUGGACUCUGGGGACAAACAGGACAGCAGCUUGUUACCAGCGCCUGCUGUGGAGCAAGGUUCUGGGGAACAGGAAACAUUUCUCUCCUUGUCCUCAAAGAUGUCCACAUUCCAGGAGGAGCUGGCCAACAUUCCCAACACGAUCAAGAUGUUUCCUCGGCCAGAUGUGACGGAAUGUUGCCUUGUUCUCCUGCAUCUCAGCAAGUCCUCCUCCGUCUCUGACGUCCUCCGACGGCAGGCCAAAGAUCUGCUCCGGAAGUACGGAACAAGCCCAUCGGUCCUGAAGGCGUCCCGGGGAUUCCUCACGUGAUCCGGUUUUCACUCGCACAUUUUUUUUUUUUUUUUGGUCUGGAAUUAAACUCUUUACAAAC